CUCACAUCCCAGAAAACAUGACCCUCGCUGCCUACAAGGAGAAGAUGAAGGAGCUCCCGCUGGUGUCCCUGUUCUGCUCCUGUUUCCUGGCCGACCCCCUGAACAAGUCAUCCUACAAAUACGAAGCUGACACGGUGGACCUGAACUGGUGUGUAAUCUCUGACAUGGAAGUCAUCGAGCUGAACAAAUGCACCUCAGGCCAGUCCUUUGAAGUCAUCCUGAAGCCGCCCUCCUUUGAUGGGGUGCCCGAGUUCAAUGCCUCCCUGCCCCGGCGGAGAGACCCAUCGCUGGAAGAGAUACAGAAGAAACUGGAAGCAGCUGAAGAGCGAAGGAAGUACCAGGAAGCUGAGCUCCUGAAGCACCUUGCGGAGAAACGGGAACAUGAGCGGGAGGUGAUCCAAAAAGCCAUUGAGGAAAACAAUAACUUCAUCAAGAUGGCUAAAGAAAAACUGGCCCAGAAGAUGGAAUCCAAUAAGGAGAACCGAGAGGCCCACCUUGCUGCCAUGUUGGAACGGCUGCAAGAGAAGGACAAGCACGCGGAAGAGGUGCGGAAAAACAAGGAGCUGAAGGAAGAGGCCUCCAGGUAAAGCCCAGAGGCCAAAGAAGUUUCCAGAACAGCCGGACAGCUCCAGCAGCUCCGCGUUCCCGAGGCAGCCUCGCCCGCCGCUGGCUGCUCU